AUGCCAUCCAACAAGACCUUCAAAUCCUGCGAUAGCCAAAAAACAUGGGGUACUCCCAGAGCAGCCUCACAAACAACAUUCAGCAUACUCCUGGCGGACCAAAUUCAGGAUAGCAUCCCUGCCGGCCGAUGUACCGAUACCGCACAUCAGCCUGUGCAUACCCGAACCGGGCAGAUACCAAUACAAACCAGCAGAUAUUCGAGCGAAAGACCAUUGGCAUUAAUUACGUGCCGCAACAAUUCAUUCAAAACUGACACUCACUCCCACAAGGGGAGAUGGUCCAUGUAUCCGACGCACCACGAGAGUGUAUCAAGCCUGCUGCAAGAGGACGAUCUGUAUUUCGAUUUCCACGACGUUGACAGAGCCGCAGGAUGUAUCAACGAGUACGAUACAAACAUCAUGGGCAAAUUCAUCUGCGACAAUAAAACAUGCGGCACAGACGGGUGGUCAAGCAAAAGAAUUGCCAUCACCAUAAGAAUGUACCCCAGGGAGGAAUACAAUGCGAGGGUAUAUCAUCAACGCUGCGACGGCUGUGGCAACCUCAGCAGACCUGUCUUAAAUGAGACCUAUGCUGAAAGGAUUGUGUAUCGUAUCAAAAAAUGGAAUGGGAUUGCGGGUGCAAAGCGGGCCAUUGCAAAGCCCUUGCAUGAGGGGAAACUGGUUCGAUACACCAAAUUGAUGUUUUUUCCUAUGUCGUCCCUGGUCUGA